GUGUUGAAUCCACCCAGUAUUUUCCACCCACGAAGAAGAAGAACCCCAUUUUGAGAUGGUCUCCAUUCGAUUUGAACUCAACAUGGCCAUUGUAAUUGCUUGUAUCUAGUUUUGCGCCCCCAACCCAAUGGCUUACGAACCCCUUGAGUUUCGACGACGGCUCUUUGUUUCGCGUGGGAUGCCGCGUUGGUGAGUGUUUGCGAGUGAUUUGCCGUGAUGUCCGAGCGCCAGGGACAGGUGGGGGACUUGAGCAAGCAGAGCAGAGAACAGCUCCAAGAACUACUACUGCGACAGAACCACAUACUCGCUGACAAAACAUUAACGGAUUCUCUUCCGGACAAGGGGAAGAGAUUAAAGGACUUUGCGGCGAGGAUACGCCUCGCCAUUGAAUGCCGUGAUGAAGAGGAGACGAAGCAGGGCUUGGUAUCAGCAGCCAGGGCAGAGUUUCAGUCCAAGUACCGGCAAGCCUUCACUGGGCAGCGACGGGCUGUGCAAAGCGAGGGAACCGCGUCACAACAGACUGACGCCUCGCCUGUCUGUGUUCAUGCGGAGCAGGAGGAAGAAGACACUGCUGCAACCACGGAGACGGCUUCCUCUGGGGCCUCUCUGAACUUUGUCGGGCCAAAGGAGGGCGACCUGACAGAGGCCUUUGAACGGGUCACGAUCUCCACUAGCACUAGUGACCAAGGCAAAGACCCUGAUAAAGCCACUGCAAUGGACAAUUACUUUCUCAGGACGCAUACGCCAAAGGAGCCUCACGUUGUAACCGUCCUGGAAAGGGCGGAGAACAAAAUGACACCCGGAAGGCAAAAAUUCAAACCCAACCAGCUGCCAACCAGAAGCGGAAACUCUCCAUCUGGCUCCUCAUCACCCGGCCAGUCGUCCGAAGGCUCGUCUCCGCUCUCCGCGCACGCCCGGAGGGAGCGCGACAAAAAGCACUUGGAUGACAUCACGGCGGCAAAGCUGCCUCCUCUGCGCCACACUCCAGCCCAGCUUCUGCCCCUGCGGGAGUCUGCUGAGCUCCUGAGCGCACAGACUAAGAAACGACAGGAGCUGCAGGCCAAGCUGGCCGCGCAGAAGCUGUCCGAGGGAUUGAAGAUGUCCAUGGGGAGCUACAGUCCCGACGGUGGCUCCAUGGCAGCCUACAGAGAGGUUCACGAUGAAGGAGCACAGCCCUCCUCAGAAGAAGACUGAUCCUGGACAGUCAGAUGGGAGGAAAAGCCAUUUUUUUUCCAAAAGGGCUUUUACUCUCGGGCUCUCCUUCGGUGACGUUUUGCCCGGUGUGAACAGUCGAGCGACACGGCCGAUGGACUUUCAAUUGCACAAACUUGCUUCCAAACGGGUGCUAGCUUUAAAAUAAACAACAUUUUUAUGAAACUUAAACAAGCAUCCAAAAGUUCUGGCACAACAAUACAUUAUGUGAUAUAAACAUGACGUCAGCAUGUUGUCUCUCUGGACUGUGACAAGCUGCUCCACAAAAGUGUGUAACCCAACAAACCGUUAACACAAACUGCUUUCCUUGCCUCAUAUUUUUUAUUUGUACACAAACAAUAAUAAACUUAUGAAUAAUCGUGAAA